AUGUCGUGGAUUUGCUUGGUAACUUCUGUAAAUGUGGGGUUAGGGUCUGUAGAUCCGGUUAGAAACUUGAGAGAGACAGUGAGGGCAAAAGUGAGGAGUGGGGGUGAGGGUGAGAGUGAGAUUGUUGUUGUCAAAAUGAUAAAGAAUAGAGCACAUUUGGAAUUGCUCAAGGAAUGGCAACCGGCCGACGAAGUUUUACAACGACUCGCUGGCUCGGGUUUUGAUCAAAUUGUUGUUGUCAAAAUGAUAAAGAAUAGAGCACAUUUGGAAUUGCUCAAGGAAUGGCAACCGGUCGACGAAGUUUUACAACGACUCGCAGGCUCGGGUUUUGAUCAAGUGAAAACUUUUCUAAAGGAGAAUUACAACGUUUUGGGAACAUUGAGUUUCAGUCCAUCUGCAGUGAUUUUAAACCAUGGACAGGGGCUGUUUGAAGGUUUAAAAGCUUAUCAGAAAUAUGAUGGCAAUAUUUUACUCGUUGAACCCGAGGAAAAUGCUUUCCGAUUAAGGGUGGGUGCUGAGCUUACCAUGUGUUUACUCUUUCACCAGGAAUGUUUGGCACCAAUACAUUUGAUUGUUCAGACUGAAAUGCAUCGAGCAACACCUAGUGGUACUGGGGGAGUUAAGACUAUAGGGAAUUAUGCUGCUGAACCUUCAGUGUACCUGUCCAUCCAAAUAAUGGAUGGAUCCCCUCUAAGGCCUGGUGGCAAGAUCCCCAUGUUAGUUACAAAAAAGGGGUUUCACAUAACUUUAAAAAGCUACAAAAAUGUCGACGUCUACAUCCGAAGAUGA